GGCGUCAAUCAUAGGCCGCCAGAGGGCGAUACAAAGACAAUUUGAAUUGAAAUCUACCACGAAGAAGAAGAAGCUAAAAUUUUCCACGACGCCAUUAACGUUCAAAGUUCGUUGCGCAGCGACAGUGUGGUCAGUCGUCACACACACGAGACCAGCCACCCCGAACAGACAGAACACGUUGGUAUUCGCUCGUCCGUCAUAGACUAGCUCUCUUUUCGUUUUCGUUUCUCUUUUCAACAAUACAUUUUUGAACUCGUCGACGAAAUCAUCUACUAUUUCUUUGCAUAUCGUCGAGUGCCUGUCUUCAAGUGACUUGAUAUCCACCAUCGGAAGAAAAUGGCCAAAGAAGGAGUCUCACACUCUGCCAUGGCCCGUGCUCGCAAGAAUGAUGGCAUCAGCGUGAUCUUUGACCAGAGGAGUCCUGCCUCCUCUCACUCUGAAUCCAGAUCCAGAAGCAGAAGUUGGUCAUCAGGCGCUGUAAGCAGCAGAGGGCGUCGUAGUAGCAGGAGAAAUUACAGAUCACCUUCCUCAUCCACCUCUAGCAGCAGAUCCUCUUCCCGCUCCAGGUCCCGUUCACACAACAGGUCACGCUCACACCCCCGUUGCCACAGAGCUUCCUCUCGCUGUGGUUGUCGCCGCCAUCGUGGGUAUAGGUACGAACACAGACGUUCCCCAACCCGCCGGUACAGAGACCAUUCUUCCAGCUGUUCUCCAUCAGUGGAGAGAUAUUCUCAUCACAGAAGCUCCACAUCUCGCCCCAAAUACUCGUCGCACAGAAGGUAUCGUGACACCCGGGUUGAGAGGACCCACAGGAGUCGCUCAAGAUCCAUGUCAGCUGGACGCUCAGUCAGUCUCAGCGUGGAGAAUAAGAGAGAUCUUCUCCUUGCUGCAAAAGCCAAUGCUAAGAAAUUGCUUGGAGUUGAAAAGCUCCCACUUCCAGAAAGCGUGAAGCCAAUUCUGCCAGAACAGCCAGACCAAUCUGAUGAAGAGUCGUCCGUGUUUGAGAAGAGGGUGAGGCGUGACUCUGAAAAGUCUCUGUCACAGAGUGGAGAUGAACAUGCGCCCAGUCCUGUAACAUCAUCCCCUCACAGAAAGACCAUCUCAUUCAGCAUCAAUAAUUCUUUUGCCAAGCCGACUGUACUGUCUCAGACCAGUGUCAAGGUUGCAGUCCCAGCAGACACCUAUGACAGCAGCAAGCCCUACGGCCUCUGGGUACCCGUCCAAUCCUCCCGCAAACACAAACACGCCAAGUCACACUAGUGUGACAGAUGGACAUUGAUACUGCGAAUACUUGUACAUAUUUCAUGAUGGGUGUUUUCUUCCAGAUUGUAGCGUUGUAUUGGAAAAGGUGAAGAACGUUCAGGUGGGCUUUCUUCUUCAUACCUUUGUUGUACAGUGUAAUUUUCAAUAAAAUAUUU